UUAGUAAGUAUAAAGGCUAAAUGGAGAAAGUCUUUGAAAUAUUCCUUGUUUCUAUGAUAUCAUUUUUAAAAGUUAGCAAAGCUUGUGAUAAUGGUUGGUUUGAGUAUGGAAAGCAUUGUUAUUUUUUCCAAAAUAAAACAUUGAAAGGAAAAAGUUGGAGUGAUGCAUCAAUAUCAUGUCAAGUUAAAGGUGGACAUUUGUUAAGUAUCGAGGAUCAAGCUGAAAAUUCUUUUAUUAAAAACAUUCUAAAAGAUGACACCCUGAAAAAAGAUAAUUAUUGGAUUAGACUCAAUGAUGAUUGUAACAACAGAGAGUUUAUGUGGUCAGAUGACAAAUAUUUAAAGUUCUCUAAUUGGUUACCAAAAAAACCUAACAAUGCUGGAAAUGGAGAAAACUGUGUUGAAACAAAUAAAGUUGGUUGGAAUGAUAAUGAUUGCUUUAAUUAUAAUGGAUUUAUUUGUAAGUUUGUAAAAGAAAAUAAUAAUUCUUGUGAUCAUGGUUGGAUUAAUUAUAAAAAUUUUUGUUAUUUGUUUCAAAGUAAAGAUAUAAAUUUUUAUGGAGUUGAUUGGUUUGAUUCUUAUUUUUUAUGUCUCUCUAAAGGAGGAAAUUUGGUAAGUAUAGAAGAUCAAGAAGAAAAUUCAUUUAUUACAAGUAUUCUAGAGAGAAAUAGUAUGAAAGACCAGAUUUUUUGGAUUGGCCUCAAUUACCUUAUAAGCCAUAAAAGGUUUGUCUGGUCUGAUCAUACUAAAUGGAAUCUAAAAAUACCUAUUGAAAAUAUAUUACCUCAAACAAGCAAUAUUUCUAUUGCAUUAACAAGAUGUGUAGUAAUAAAUGCUAAUAGUUGGAGUGCUCUAAGUUGUUAUGAUAAAUAUGGAUACAUUUGCAAAGUAAAAAGAGAAAGGAGUUGUGUCAGUGAUUGGUUCGAAUUUUCUAGUUAUUGCUACUAUUUUCAUACAGCAAAUGAUUCAAAUGGCAAAAAGUGGGAGCAUUCUUAUUUAAACUGCUUAGAAAAAGGAGGAAAUUUGUUAAGCAUAGAUGAUGAAACUGAAAAUACAUUUAUUUUAAACACUCUAAAAAACUACAAUAUGAGUAAAGAUAAUUAUUGGAUUGGUCUUACUGAUCGUUGGUAUAACUCAUGGUUUUUGUGGUCUGAUAAUACAUACACACAGUAUAUGUAUUCAAAGUUCAAUGGGUUAUUUUAUGAUGUAAAAUUAGAGAGAUGUGUUAGAAUAAAUAAAGCAAAUUGGGAAACAAAAAAUUGUAAAAGUAGAUUAGGAUAUAUAUGUAAAAGUAAGAAAGCAAUCAAUCAAAAUUGUGCUGAAGGUUGGAUAGGUUAUGGAAAACAUUGCUACUUAAUUCGUAGCUUAAAAGAAUUUUUUGGAUAUACUUGGUUAGAAUCUUUUUCAUCGUGUCAGUCUAAAGGAGGAAACUUGGUAAGUAUAAACAAUGAAGAAGAAAAUCGAUUCAUUCAAAACAGUUUAAUCAAAGACAAUAGUGAUUAUUGGAUUGGCCUCAGUAAACUUUGGAACUACAGAAGGUUUGUGUGGUCUGAUAAUACCUACGUACAAUUUUUCAAUUGGAUUGGAGGUGAACCUGACACUACUGAUGAUGUUGAAAAUUGUGUAGAAAUGAACUCCAAUGGAUGGAGCGACAAAGAAUGCACUGUUCUUAAUGGGUUUAUUUGUAAAGUUAAAAGAGUUUCAAUUUCAACUUUAUAUCCUAAUAACUACAAAGUAUCCGUAAUCUCUGUAGCCAUAUUAGUUCCUGUUUUAACUGUUCUUAUUGCAGUUAUUUUUGUUAUUGCUGGAUUGAGGUUUCGCAGAAAAAAAUGCCAAAAAUCAUUGAACCUAAAUCCUUACACUAUUAAUCAACACAUUGGUUGUGGUGAAUUAUUAACAGAUGAAUGGGAGAUAUUCCCAGAAGAUAUUAUUAAAGAUAAAAAAAUUGGAGAAGGAGCAUUUGGUACUGUUUUUGCUGCAAAACUUAGUUUGUCUGUUCUUUCAAAAAGAAAGAACAUGAAACAAAAUCCAGUGUUUAAUGAUAUCUUACAAAACACUUCCGAUGUUGCUGUGAAACUUGUAAAAGAUUCCGCCAAUACAUCAGAACUCAAUGAUUUUUUUGAAGAGAUAAAUUUGAUGAAAAAAAUUGGAUUCCAUAAGAAUAUUGUAAAUUUGAUUGGCUGUUCAACACUAAAGAAACCAUUAUGUUUAAUUUUUGAGUAUAUGGAGCAUGGAGAUUUGCUGAAUUUUCUUAGAAAGAGGCGAACCAAAUUUUGUGCUUUAAAUCUUGAUGGAAAAUCGUCUGUAAAUUUUAUGUAUACACCAGGAUAUCAACAAUCUCUAAAGAAUGAAAUUUUGUUAAAAGAUAACGGGACGUUAACGCCUGACGAUUUGCUGAGUUUUGCUUGGCAAGUGGCAUCAGGAAUGGAAUUUCUUUCAUGUUCUAAAUUGGUUCAUCGAGAUCUGGCUGCAAGAAAUAUUUUGGUUGGAUCAGGAAAAGUAGUAAAAGUAUCAGACUUUGGUCUAACUCGAAAAAUUAAUGAUGAAUUAAACUACAUGAGUAAAAAAAAACGUCAUUUACCGGUCAAGUGGAUGUCUAUUGAAGCUAUUUUUGACCACCUGUUUACAUCAUUUAGCGACGUGUGGGCGUACGGUGUUGUUUUAUUCGAAAUUGUAACUUUGGGAGGUGUACCAUACCCUACUAUAAGUAACCAUGAACUUCUCUCUCUUUUGAAAUCUGGUUAUCGAAUGGAAAAACCUGAAAACUGUUCUGAAAGAAUGUUUGAGAUUAUGUUACAGUGUUGGAACGAGGAUCCAUUACAACGUCCUACAUUUACAACACUACGUGAGUAUUUUGAUGAUGCAAUGUCUCAAGGUGGUUAUUAUCUUCAUUUUGAAUUUGACGAAAAUACUGCGCCAUCAUUUUUGCCAUUUGAGACGGAUGACGAUGACAAUAACACAAUAGAAGAAGAGGUUUUCCAAAAUCCUGUGCACGUAAAGUCAAUCGAGCAUCUAAAGAAAUUUUGUGGUGAAUCCAUUCUUCCUCUCGAAACAUGCGAAAAACAUUGUGAAAAAUUCGUCUUUGUUUAGGUAAACUCGUUACAAUACAUGACAUUACAUUCUUUGAUUUUUCAAAAAACAGAAAGCAUUUUAGACGUUUAUAUUUACAUAUACAAAAUUAUAAUUAAUAGAAUUUUAUUUUUUAUUA